AUGGCUCCCGCACGAGACGACGAGUUGUUCACACCAACAAAUGGCAGCCCAGAAAUCAUCAGCACCAAGGCCAAAGCUGGUGAUGGUCGGUUGAUGCAUCGGUCUCUGAUUCAGCACCCGUCAAUGGUUGCUUCAGCAAGUGGAAUUGAAUUGACUCUCGCAAACGGCAAAACAGUCAUCGACGCGUGUGGUGGUGCGGCAGUGGCGCUUAUCGGCCACGGCAAUGAGGAAGUUAUCGAAGCCAUAACGAACCAAGCAAGGAAAGUCAGCUAUGUUCACACACAAGCAUACACCACUCAGCCAGCGGAAGAUCUGGCGAAUAUAAUUCUCGAGGGCAACCCUCAUGGGCUUGAAAAGGCCUUUUUCGUUUGCAGUGGAAGCGAGGCCGUUGAGUCAGCGCUGAAGCUUGCCCGCCAGUACCAUUUUGAGAAUGGGGAGCCUCAGAGGCUUCAUUUCAUUGCAAGACGCCAAGCUUAUCAUGGCAACACAAUUGCGACGAUGUCAGUCUCAACAGUUGAAGCACGAAAGGUUCCUUACCAAAGCUUCAACUACCCUCACGUAUCCUAUGUUUCACCGGCGUAUGCCUACCAAUACCAGCGGAAAGACGAGACCGAGACAGAUUUCACAGCUAGACUGCUGGCAGAAGUUGACGCGGAAUUUCAGCGCGUUGGCCCUGAGAAGGUCAUUGGAUUUGUUGCAGAGACAAUGGUCGGCGCAACUGCGGGAUGCGUUGCGCCACCUGCUGGAUACCUCAAGGGCGUGCGGGAUAUCUGCAACAAAUACGGCGCCCUUUUAAUUUUAGAUGAGGUUAUGUGUGGCACCGGCAGGACUGGCACGUUCUUUGCGUUUGAGCAAGAAGGUGUUGUCCCUGAUAUCACAACCAUUGCAAAGGGUCUAGGAGGAGGGUAUGGCCCCAUUGCCGGAGUCCUGAUGCAUGAGAGAGUCGUCACCGCAUUGAGACAGGGCUCUCAAGCUUUCAACCACGGACACACAUACCAGGCCCAUCCUAUUGCAUGUGCGGCCGCACUCGCGGUUCAAAAGAUUCUUAAGCGGGAGAACCUUGUGAAUCGGUGUGCACAGCUGGGCAAGACUCUUGAGAACUUGCUGCGAGCUGAGCUGAAGGGUUGUAGGUCUGUAGGUGACAUCAGAGGCAGAGGUUUGUUCUGGGGAGUUGAGUUCGUCAAAGAUCAAGAUAGUAGAGAAACCUUCGAUCCAAAGCAACGCUUCGGCCUUCGAGUUCAAGAAAGGGCUUUCGAGAAGGGAGUUGCUUUGUAUCCAGGAGCAGGAACUGUAGACGGAAAGAGAGGAGACCAUGUGCUGCUGGCCCCACCAUUCACUACGACAGAGGAGCAGUUACGAAAGAUUUGCAGAGUAUUCAAGGAGGCAGUAGAGGAGAUCGAGGCGGAAACUUUUUGA